AUGGCAUACACCACAGACAGCUCAACUACUGGACAGUUAUUGAAUCGCUUGUAUAAAAAGAUUGAACGAACAACACACCAAGAUCCGCAUCUUGGGUUAAUCAUUGCUUCACAUCACUUCAUCGAGCCUCCCCCUCUUGUUAACGAGAUUGACCUACUCUGUCUUGCGACCAUGUCUCUCUUAAUCCAGUUUGCUUACCCAUCCUUAUCUGGUUACGGUAAGUUCACAAUUUCCUUUACCAUGAAGCGAUCUUACGGAGAGGAGAUCUCAUUUACGCUAGGUCCUGCUAUCCCCUUGACUGAUCCCGAUGGUAAGUUAAUUCCAAUGAGUGAGGUCUAUGCUCAUAUAUCUCGAUCAAUUAUGAAAUAUGCAGAAAUCUACAACGGAGAUUAUAUAGUUCGACUCAUGAUCCGAGUCUAUAUGGACGGCAAAAAGAUGGAUAGGCCAGCCCUAUCUUCAGAGGAGAGAGAUAGCUCACUUUCUUCAAUCAUUCAAGCCGGAUUGAGUGAGAUCGAGCCAGCAAGAGAGAUCCGAAAUCGUAAUCGUAGCUAUCCAACCCAUAUCACAGCACUCAAACCAUGUCGCACUGAGCUGAAACCAUUCAUUGUAGCCGAUACGGAGACUCUACUGAUCGAUAAUGUUCAUAAGCCUUAUGCUGCAGGUCUCUUGAUGGUUCGUCCCGGUGAACAGAUCUAUGAUAUUCUGAUUGAUAGCUACUUCAGUGAAGACUACUCUAUAAUCUUGGAUUCCUUUGAAGAAAGGAGUACUAAGGUACUUUAUGACUUGGUAUUAAGGAUAUCAACGAUUGUUAGACAAGAACAAUCCCCUUUAACAAUUUACUUCCACAACUUCUCUAGAUUCGAUGGAAUUCUCUUGCUUAAGCACCUAGCAUGUCAUCACAAGAGCUACAAGCUAAAACCACUGAUGAGGAACCAUAGGCUAUACGAGUUAGCUGUCUAUUCUGGUACGAAGAUGUUAUUCCGCUUCAGAGACUCCUUGAAUCUACUCCCUGGCAAACUUGCCUCCCUAGCUAAGAAUCUAUGCCCGGGUCUUGGCCCGAAAGGCUCUAUCGCAUAUGAUGAGGUGACACUGUCAAAUCUGGCAAGUAUGAAAAAGAACUUGUUAGACUAUAUGAAGCAGGACAUCCUUCUCCUUGGAGGUGUAAUCGCUCAAGAGAUAUAUUGGAAGCUGUACAAGGUGGACAUAGAAAGCAAGAUAACCCUUUCCUCACUUGCUCUUAGCAUCUUUCGUAUGAAAUACUACGAUGCUUCUAAUUGGCCAAUCCACAUCCCAAACAAGAAUGAAGACAGCUUUAUAAGGCGUGCCUACUACGGUGGUCAUACAGAUGUAUACAAGCCAUAUGGCGAGGACCUAUACUACUACGAUGUGAACUCUCUCUAUCCCUUUGUAAUGAAGGAAUUUCCAAUGCCUGGUGGUGUGCCAGUCUGGCAUGGAAAUCUGGAAGGCAAGGACUUAGAUAGCAUGUUUGGCUUUAUUGAGGCAUAUGUGGUAUGUCCGAAGACUAUCAAGAAGCCCUUUCUACCCUAUCGAGACAACAAGAAGAACACUCUCAUCUUUCCAACCGGGGAAUUUGUUGGAGUGUACUAUUGCGAGGAGUUAAAGUAUGCAAGAGGCCUAGGCUACACUGUAAUCCCAAUCUCAGGCUACCUCUUUGAGAGGAUGGAAAGCCCAUUCAGGGACUUUGUUAGCUCACUCUUUGAGAGCAGGUUAGAGGCAAGGAUAUCAGGUAAUGAGGCCAUGUCCUAUGUGUACAAGAUCCUUAUGAAUUCGCUAUACGGUAGAUUUGGCAUUAACCCUAAAAGCACGACAACCGAGGUCUGCGAUAAAGAUCGAUACAAACAUUUGAUCAGGCAUAGUGAGUUCAUCUUCGGUGAUAUGCUUAGCGAGAACAACUACAUCGUUGCCUACCAUAGCAAUACCGAGAAGGGCUCAGAUUAUUGGAAUCCACCGAAGAACUCUGCUGUCCAACUAGCUGCUGCGAUCACUGCCUCUGCUAGGAUCUAUAUGUACCCUUAUAUCUCAAGAGAGGACUGCUACUACACGGACACAGACUCAGUUGUGCUUGGUCAGCCACUACCUAAAGAAGUGAUUUCUUCUUCUGUCUUAGGUAAGUUUAAGCUAGAGGACAGAGUCAUGAAAGGAUACUUUUUAGCACCGAAAUCCUAUUGCUACAUCGCAAUAGGUGGCUCCAAUAUACUCAAGUACAAGGGACCAGCGAAAAACCAGGUCAAUCAAGAAUGGUUUGAGUCACAGUACGCGGACCCAUCUCGUACAAAACAGGUACCGGUGGAAGCCAACUUCCGGAUUGAUUGGCACACUCUUAACAUCAUCAAGAAAGACACAAUGGUCAGGGUUGGGCUUCAGCUGGGGACCAAGAGGAUACCAGUAUAUCACAGAGAUGUCUGGGUGGAUACUGAUCCAAUUGAUAUCCAAGACUUGUCUAGCCAGGAAAACAAAAAACAAAAUCACUAGGGAAUGCUUUAAUACAACUACAGACUGAAAAUGAAAUUCUAAAUGAGAAAUUAUCUAAGAAGGAAAGAGAGUUUGCCGAGAGAUACAAAGAGAUGAUAUCACAGUUUGAUGCUAAGAAGAAUACAGAUAAAAGGAUGCACACUCAAUACACUACAGAGAGACAGAAAAGUCUUACUGAAGAAAGAACGCUAUUAGAUAAAGAAGAACAAGAACAAACAGAGGUGACUAACGACGAGAAAACUAAGAAAGACCAAAAGAUACCUAAGACAGACGAGAAGAUACCUAAGAAAGAAGAAAAGAAACCGCCUUGAAAGACAAUUGAUAACUGACGAAAGAACUGAUGAAGAAGCGCAUCAAAGACCUCAGCCUUAGGGGGGAAUAGUUGAUCGAACUUCCGUGAGUUCGUUUUUGGUCAUCCUGCAUUUCUGCAUUUCACCGACCUUCGCAGAUUAGGCUAAUCGUAUUAUGAAAUGAAAGGGAGGAAAAAUGGAUACGCAGUAUUCUAUAAUGAACAUUGUAAGGUUAGAGUUUCUUUAGUAGGCCACAGCAGAUCGAAAAGUCGCUAAUUUCGCUCAGUCAAGUUCUCGU